AUGCCAUUGGCGCAAAAGCCCCACCGCCCGAAAGCGGAUGUGGAGCUGCUCAGUCGAGAGCGCAUCGCUUUCGAGACGGCCGAAGACCUGCUGCGAAAUGCUGUCGGGAUGCAGACCAGCGAGAGCAAAAUCGCCGAUUUGGUGCAGUCGAAGGAGGCUGCCUUCGAAAUCCCAGCCAGCGUCUUAGUCUCCUUCCGCAGCAUCCCCGCGGCAGCGAAGAGCCUGGCCGACGACUGGGCCGGGCUGCUGAACGACACCAGAUCCCCCAAUCCCUUCAAAGCCAUCUCGGAAGGUCACCUGGAGUACGAAGCGCCGCCUGAGGCGGAGUUCCUUUGUGAAGGCAGGGAAGGUACCAAACUCAUCAUCGCAGACUGGCGAGAGGCGAAACCCAUCACUGAAGGGCUCAGCAAGCGUGGGCACAAGGGCGAUGCCCGCAUGUGCGUGGUCGCACGGUCGGAUAGGACAUUUCACCGUGCAUCCUAUUUCGUGGACAGCAUGGGCCAGGGUGCCGAGAUCGUGGUGGCGCCGGACUUCUCGCUUGAGAGCAUGGAGGAGUUCAUACGUACCUACAUGACCUACAUGCAGACUGCGCGCGAGACACUUCAUGCACCGCCAUGCACGGAGAUCGAACCGAUGCCGUUGCCUGUGCAGCCCAAGGCCGUUGAAGCGCUUUGCGGGAUGUCCCUGCCCAGUCUCCUCCAGGCUGUCCAGGACCCCAAGGUAGCAGCCGCACUGGAGCAGCUCAUUCUGCAAACCAUGUCGUCGCAAGUCUACGAGGAUUGA